GAUGAUCAGCGCACUCAUAGAGCACCACACCAUCUACUUUUCUACCUGAAGUCAAAGGAUAAAGCCUGAAGGUUGUUUGGUAACAUGGCAGCGAUGAAGUUCAUCCUGGGUCUCCUGGCCCUGCUUGCAGUCUCAGCCUGGACCGAGGCGGGGGUGGUGAGGAGUGCAAAUGGUGACAGUAACGGUGACGCUGAAAGAGACCCGACUGUCACAGAGCAGCUGGAGAAAGCCAAUGAGAAUCUCAACCAUGACCGUGACGGUAUCCAGAUUGACGGGGACAUCGCCGUGUCCCGUCUGCCCACCCUGAGGAACGCCGACCCCUGCGUCCUGCUUGGAUGCAAGUGGCCUAAAGCCACUGAUGGCAAGGUUUACGUCCCCUAUGUCAUCGCUAAUCAUUACUCCAAUCAGGAGCUGGACCUCAUCCAAAGAGGCCUCAACUCCUUCUCCUACUCCACCUGCAUUCGCUUCUUCCCCCGCACCAACCAGAGGGACUACCUAUACAUCCAGUCCCUGGACGGAUGCUACUCCUACGUGGGUCGCCAGGGAAAUGGCCAAACAGUGUCUCUGAGCCGCCAGGGCUGCGUUUAUUAUGGAACGGUCCAGCACGAGCUGCUCCACGCACUGGGCUUCAACCACGAGCAGUGUCGCUCUGACAGGGACCAGCACAUCAAUGUCCUGCUGCAGAACGUCAUCAGUGGUCAGGAACACAACUUUAAGAAGAUCAACACUCUGAACCAGGGGACUCCGUAUGACUACAGCUCCGUCAUGCACUACAGCAGACUGGCUUUCUCCAAAGAUAACUACAAUCCCACUAUGGUGGCUAUUCCCAACUCCAACGCUGUCUUUGGCCAGGCCAAGCAGAUGAGCCAGAAUGACAUCAACCGCAUCAACCUGCUGUACUGCAGGAACUAGUGACACUGAAGUGGCUGUGACCCAUGUUCAUUCACUACUGUUGUGAUGAAUCAUUGAAGAUAACUAUGCAGAUGAUCAUUCAUUCUGAUGGGUUACUGCAAUCCCAGGAUAGAUGACUUGAAGUAUCCAAGUCACUUCACUCUCUUUACUCUUCCUCCUAAACAAGAAAGUCAAUGAUUCAUGUGAGUGAAAGAUUUUCCUGUUUGCUCUAAGGUGGUGGGAGUCAAAUUCACUUUUAUCACGCUAACCAAUAAAUAUUCAUCCAAAACAAA